AUGGCGCCUCAUCAUUCUCCUUCCAUCGAAAACCUCAGCUUUUUCUUCACUGACUUUGGUGUGCCUUCAAGGCAUAACCAGCACAAAGAGGCUAGCCCCAGCUACUCUGAAAUGAAGAGCAGGUUCCAAUACCUCCACAAAAAGCUGUCCCAUAUUCAGAGCGGAAUAUCUGAAUUUGACAAGCAGGAAAUGGUGGACGCCUACUACAUCUGCUAUGAAGUUGUGGACAUUUUUAGAAAAUAUAGUGGCCUCAGUGGCAGAGCAGCUCUUGCCUGUGCUCAGUGCAGGAGCAUCCUCCUGUUUGUCAGUGGGCAGCUGCACACUGUGACAGGAGCCUUGUUUUCUAGUGUUUCAGAAGAGUCUGCAAACUUGCACAGCAGUGCUACCAUGAUUGAGCAACUCGUUGCUGCAGUUUGCACUGUUUAUGGCAUUGGUUAUUCAGGAUAUUAUCUGACUAGCCUGGGACGACACCUGAGAUGUGUAUUCAGAGGUGCAGAUCCUGAGAGCCCUGAACCCACAGCAGACUCUCCACUGACUCUCUCAGUUCCUGGAGAUGUGGCCAAAGAGGAGCUGAAUGACCGCAAUCCUCCAGCUGUGUUCACAGCACAACCUGAAUAUUCCGAGCCGGUCCUUCUAGAGGAAUAGCACGAGCAGAGUGCUUUAUCAGAGGUGCCACAGCAGACUCAGGGAGAGCUGUUCCCAGCCCAGGAGCAGGAGGUGCAGCUCAGGCAGCAGGUGGAAGAGGUACAGGAGAAUGGCCAGAACAUCAAGGCAGAGCCUCCAUCAGAGCUGCCCGAAGCUCCGAUUGCCAUCAUGGCAGUAAGGGGAAGGCACAAGGAAGACACGAGAAGCAUCCAAGAGGAGAUGAAUCUCCAUCAGCAGACAGGCGAUCAACAAAACCAGGUGAGUGCAAGAGUGGAAGACACUCCACUCGUGACAGAUGUCUCUUGUUUUUUACAGAACCUCAAGGACAACCUGCAUGCAGAGCUGCAUGAAAUUGAGGCUGGGAUGAAGGCAAGAGAGAAGAGGCUGAGGGAAGAAAUAAAACUUAUCAGAGAGAAACAUAAUCCCCUGCUUCAGGCUGUACAAAAGCAAGUGGCCAUAAAGAAAAUUAAUCUCCACCAACUGCGGAAGAGGGAACUAAAAGUUGAUGAACUUAGGGUCAUCAAGAAGAAUAGGAAUCCCAACCUGGUCAAAUAUUUAGACUGCUACCUUGUGGAUAAGCAAUUCUGGCUGGUGAUGGAGUACAUGGAUGGAGGCACUCUGAGCAAUGUCAUCAGCUGGACCUUCCUGUCUGAAGAUGAGAUGGCAGCUGUCAGUCAGCAGUGCCUGCAAGGCCUGGAUUUUCUUCACAAAAUGUGCGUGAUCCAUCAAAAUGUGAAGAGCCGCAACAUCCUUCUCAGAAGCGAUGGCUCUGUCAAGCUGGCUGAUUUUGGCCUCUUAGCUCAGCUCAGCCCUGAGCAGAGAAGACAGGACUCAGUGGCCAGCACUUCUGGGUGGAUGGCACCUGAAGUCCUGACAGGUCAACAAUAUGGCCCUAAACUGGAUAUAUGGUCUUUUGGAAUUGUGGGCAUUGAAAUGGUGGAAGGAGAAGUUCCCUACUGGAAUGAAACUGCUGUGUGGCCUCAGCUCCUGAUAGCCACCGGAGGGAGACCAAAGCUGCAGCAGCCCGACCUCUUCUCUCCUUUGCUGCAGGACUUCCUGAGCUGCUGCCUGCAGACAGAUGAGGCUCGGCGCUGGACUGCCAAGGAGCUCCUGCAGCAUCCAUUUGUGGCAUCAGUCGAGCCUACUUCCUGCCUGGUGCCACUGAUUGUUUCUUUGAAGAAGAGGAUGGUGGAGAAGAAACUGUGA